GGUGCUUUUACUGGCAAUGGUUGAUGAUGUCUUAUCCUCAGAUCAAGUUCCAGAAUGCAAUUCCGUGCGUGUCCCUAAAAUCCAUGCCAUAUAUGGUGUGGUUGGGAUGUUGAAGCUCCUUGCAGGAUCAUACUUGGUGGUUGUAACCGAGAGUGAACGUGUUGGCUCGUUUCUUGGCCAUCCUAUAUUCAAAAUUACAACCCUUAAGGUUCUUCCUUGUGAUCAUUCACUUAAAAACUCGCCUGAAGAACAGAAAAAGAUGGAGACUGAGUUCUCCAAGCUGCUAAGUGUCGCGGAAAAGACAACUGGUCUCUAUUUCUCAUAUGAAGUUAACUUAACACUGAGCUCACAACGCUUGCAUGAUUUGGGUGUUGAGUCUAAGUCACUUCCUCUGUGGAGACAGGCUGAGCCGAGGUUUCUUUGGAACAAUUACAUGCUGGAAGUAUUAAUCGAUAAUAAGCUUGAUCAGUUCUUGCUUCCAAUAAUUCAAGGGAGCUUUAAUAGUUUUGAAACUGCCAUUGGACGAGAUAUUGUUGAUGUUACUCUGAUUGCAAGGAGAUGCACUAGGAGAAACGGUACAUAUCUCUAUGUGCUAUUUUUACUCUUUUUACCUGAAUUACACAGGUACUUUCUGUUGAAUGAAAAGGGUGAUAAAAUGAAGGAGCAGCUUGGUGUUGUCCGAUCAAACUGCAUAGACUGCUUAGACCGUACAAAUGUCACCCAGAGCAUGAUAGGUCGAAAGAUGCUAGAACUUCAACUCAAAAGGAUCGGUGUUUUUGGUGCUGAAGAAACCAUAAGCUCACAUCUGAAUUUUGAUGAACGCUAUAAAAUAUUAUGGGCUAAUCAUGGUGAUGAAAUCAGCAUUCAGUACUCUGGUACUCCUGCACUUAAAGGAGAUUUCGUCAGGUAUGGACAUCGGACUGCCCAUGGUGUCGUUAAAGAUGGUUGGAGCUCCCUUGUACGCUAUUACCUGAAUAACUUUGCUGAUGGAACUAAGCAGGAUGCGAUUGAUCUCCUGCAAGGGCACUAUAUAGUUGCUGUGAGCCGAGACAUGGCACCUGUGCCUCAAAAGGGAGGCCUUGAGGCUGUAGCUAACUUCCCAGUGGCAUUGUUCGUGGUUCUGAUCAGUUUCUGGUUUGCAACAAUGUCUCUGAAACAAGUUGGGAGUGAUUAUAAGCAUAAGCACUUGUUCUUCUCAUUGCUGUGGACGGGGAUUUGUGUGGGCAUAACUGCACUAGUGAGGGCCAAUGGUCGGAUCUUCUGCAACCGGCCUCGUCUGCACAAGCCCAGAUCCUGAUUUAUUUUCUUCACUGGGGUGACCAUUGUGAUCACAUGGAGCUCAAGUCGGAGCCAAAAGUUUUCUCUUUUUGUUAUUUCAUUGUAUUAAAGUUGGACCUUGUGACGCCAGCUAGAGGCAAUUGUCUCAGGUGGAUAGCCCUUAAGAUUUAACACUCCCACAACAACCAUCAAUUACUCGAUACAGUUACACAUGCUUCUUCAUAUUCGUUCUUUCUA